AUGGAAGCUUCAGUAAUAUUACCCAUUCUGAAGAAAAAAUUGGCUUUUCUUUCAGGAGGGAAGGACAGAAGAAGUGGCCUCAUUCUGACAAUUCCAUUAUGCCUUGAACAGACAAGUAUGGACGAGCUGAGUGUCACACUAGACUACCUUCUAAGUAUCCCAAGUGAGAAGUGUAAAGCUAGAGGAUUUACUGUGAUAGUGGAUGGCAGAAAAUCUCAAUGGAACGUGGUAAAGACAGUUGUGUUAAUGCUACAGAAUGUUGUUCCAGCUGAGGUGUCACUUGUUUGUGUAGUAAAGCCAGAUGAAUUUUGGGAUAAGAAGGUUACGCAUUUCUGUUUUUGGAAAGAGAAAGAUAGACUUGGCUUUGAGGUUAUUUUAGUAUCUGCUAACAAGCUGACUCGAUAUAUAGAACCGUGCCAACUAACAGAAGAUUUUGGAGGAACUCUCACCUAUGAUCACAUGGAUUGGUUGAAUAAGAGGCUGGUAUUUGAAAAGUUCACAAAAGAAUCAACAUCCUUACUGGAUGAACUUGCUCUGAUUAACAAUGGAAGUGAUAAAGGAACUCAGCAAGAAAAAGAGAGAUCAAUAGAUUUGAAUUUCCUUCCAUCAGUUGAUCCUGAGACGGUAUUGCAGACAGGUCAUGAAUUACUAUCUGAGUUACAACAGCGUCGAUUCAAUGGUUCAGAUGGAGGGGUGUCCUGGUCUCCAAUGGAUGAUGAACUACUUGCUCAGCCACAGGUGAUGAAGCUACUGGACUCACUCAGAGAGCAAUAUACCCGCUACCAGGAAGUUUGCAGACAACGUAGCAAGCGCACACAACUAGAGGAGAUUCAGCAGAAGGUAAUGCAGGUAGUCAAUUGGCUUGAAGGACCUGGAUCGGAACAGCUAAGAACCCAGUGGGGAAUAGGUGAUUCAAUUAGAGCUUCACAAGCUUUGCAACAGAAACAUGAAGAGAUUGAGAGUCAGCACAGUGAGUGGUUUGCUGUUUAUGUUGAGCUUAAUCAGCAGAUAGCAGCUCUUCUAAAUGCAGGGGAUGAGGAAGACCUUGUGGAAUUGAAAGCACUGCAGCAACAGCUGAGUGAUGUGUGCUACCGGCAGGCCAGUCAGCUGGAAUUCAGGCAGAAUCUAUUACAAGCAGCACUUGAGUUCCACAGUGUUGCCCAGGAUUUGUCUCAGCAAUUGGAUGGCUUGCUAGGAAUGUUGUGUGUAGAUGUAGCACCAGCAGAUGGAGCAUCAAUUCAACAAACUUUAAAACUACUGGAAGAGAAAUUGAAAAGUGUUGACUUAGGCUUGCAAGGCUUGCGUGAGAAAGGUCAAAGUCUUCUUGAUCAGAUAUCUAAUCAGGCAUCCUGGGCCUACGGAAAAGAUGUGACCAUUGAAAACAAAGAAAAUGUGGACCAUAUCCAGGGAGUGAUGGAAGAUAUGCAGCUUAGAAAACAAAGGUGUGAGGAUAUGGUGGACGUGCGGCGACUGAAGAUGCUUCAGAUGGUACAGUUAUUUAAAUGUGAAGAGGAUGCUGCUCAGGCAGUGGAAUGGUUAAGUGAACUGUUGGAUGCUCUGCUGAAGACACACAUCCGAUUGGGAGAUGAUGCUCAAGAAACGAAAGUUUUACUAGAGAAACAUCGAAAAUUUGUUGAUGUUGCACAGAGUACUUACGAUUAUGGGAGACAGUUACUGCAGGCAACUGUUGUCCUGUGCCAGUCCCUGCGAUGCACUUCAAGGUCCUCAGGGGACACACUUCCGAGACUGAACAGAGUGUGGAAACAGUUUACAAUAACUUCUGAAGAAAGAGUGCACCGGCUGGAAACAGCUGUUGCAUUUCAUUCAAGUGCUGAAAAGAUUUUGCAAGAAUGUCCAGAGCAGCCUGAAGCUUUUAAUGAAAUGGAGCAAUUUGAUGAAAUUGAAGCAGUUGGGAAAUCGCUGUUGGACAGACUAACAGUGCCUGUAGUUUAUCCCGAUGGGUCUGAGCAGUACUUUGGGAGCCCAAGUGAUAUGGCUUCUGCAGCAGAACACAUUAGAGAGAAGAUGAAGCUAGUUAGCCUGAAAAAGCAGCAGCUGAGACAACCAGAAGCCACUACCCCAGAGAGCUAAUACUGACCCUUGUCUAUGAAUUCAUAAUAGGACUUCAGUUUGUAAUCCAGCAUGUUGUUUGCAUAUUACAGAAUUUGGCAUAAUAUAUUAAAAUGCAUUUCACAGCCGUUAUAAGUCUCAUCUUUUUUCAAAGUAAAUGGUCUCAGCAUCUUAACACUGUACAUCUAUCAAGCCAUAAUUAUUUAACAUGCUAUGAAACCAUAGAUUCCAAGUAUUUUAUGAAAAGGAACUGUAAACUUUGCACUGAAAUUUGCUGUAAAGCUUUACCUGACUUGUCAGCUGCUGCUUAGUUAAACAGCUGAUGCAAGCUUUGGAUGGUGCUAAUGAAAGUGUUAGGAGUUCCGUAUUAUGAAACUGUAGUUCUUUGCUUACCCCUAUGCCCAGGUGAUGUAGUAAUUUUAGACUGUAGGUAAAGUUCCUGCAGUGUAGAUGGUGGUGACCCUAUAAUUUUAAUUUGAAAUACUUUAAAAAAAAAAAUAAUCACUUUUAUUGUGCCAGUAUGCAACCUGCCCAUGAAAUCUUUGAUAUAUCAAAUUCAUUGAACAGAUGUUUUCCUAUUUGUAUUGAUAAUGUAUUAAAAGCUGUUUGUGCUUAAUAAAAAUCAUCUUUUUAAAAUCUAA